AUGUCCAGGCUGGCAUCGGGAUACGAUCCUAUGAUGGGUCCGCGCACCACAGGCACGGUUUCGACCACGAAAGCUCGUGUUUCAGUGUAUGACCGCAAUCUCCACCGCGCAAGACAUAGCAUCAGCUUGUCCAGCUUGAGUUUCUUGUUUAUGGAAAUGGUGUCGAUGAAUCUGAAUCAGUCCAAGAGCUUGAUGGAGUUGGAACGAAAAUUAAACAAUCUGGGAUACUCGAUUGGUUUGAAGAUGCUUGAGCUGGCCUCAUUACGUGAAAACUUCAACAACAACCUCACUUCCUCGGGUAAAUCUAACAUGUCCAAACGAAAUAUCAAAGUUUUGGAGAUUCUUCAUUUCAUAACAUCAACAAUUUGGCCCAGUUUGUUUGGAAAGCCGGCAGACAAUUUGGAGAAGAGUUCAGAAUCCGCUUCACAGUAUAUGAUCAUUGAUAACGCGCCACUACUGAUGCAAUUCGUGUCCGUUCCGAAGGAGUACGAGGGACUAAACUGCGAAGCCUUCGUGGCCGGAAUAGUGGAAGGGGUUUUGGAUUCGGCAUUUUUCAAAUGCGAGGUCACUGCACAUACCGUCCCGGUGGAGGGAUUCGCUGUCACUAACGUAGUCUACAAACGGAAACACAAUGUUUUGAAGCCAAAGUCAACCAACAUCAUAGCUCCAAUUCCUAAAAAGUUUAAUCCAGCAUCUCCUGAAACUUCCAAGGUAAUCGGUCAGUCUACGCUAGAUAUCCUUCCGGGGGCCAACACUCCUCCCAUGCUAGUGUACAGCUCCAGCUCCAUAUUGAACGAAAACAACUUGUCUGUCACCUCUACCCCGUACCAGGCUCCAAUUCAAGAACUCCCAGAGAUAUCAGACCUGAGUUUGACAGCGGAACCACAGUUUGUGAAAUUCCUUUCCAAAUUUGGGCAAACAGGUUCGAAAUCAACUAAAAAGGUUGGCUUCCAAGAGUUUAAGAACGAUAAGAAUUUAAAAUCAGAUAGUUCACGAAAACACGGAAAGAAAAAGCUACACACCAACCACGGAUUGCUUCAAUUGGAUGUUUCCAACUACCAUGUGACCCGCUUUCUGAACAUCCCUCGUUCGGAGCUGAGGAAGUGGUCUCGUCGUGACUUUGAAGAAUUUCUCAACUUGGAAGCAACCCCUGCAAAUUUGGCUGUUUAA